AUGACCACUGGGACGAGUAUAAAAGAUCGCUGUCGUCUUUGUUAUACACGUCUAAAAGAUACAUCAUCAUUACAUCAUAAAACCUGGUGUUCACACCAUCAUAAUCGUAUUUAUAAUAUAUAUAAACGUCGUCCAUUUCGUUAUCGUGAUUUAAUUGUACGUUAUUUAUGUAUAAAUUUACCUGAAAAUAAUUCAAAUGAUCAUUAUUCAAAUGUUAUUUGCGGUACAUGUGCAACAUCACUAACAAAACUUGAAACAUCAUAUCGUACAUUUGAACAAACACAAAAAAGUCUUCGGUCAAAAUUUCGUAAAACAUCACAAAUAACACAUUAUCAAUUAGAUAAACAAAUAAAAAAUAUAACUCAGCAAAAAAUUUCUAUGGAACAAAAAACCAUUGAACCUAAACGAUUAUCAAAACGUAAAGGUGCACCUAAACAUAUUGAUCAAGCAUCUAAUCAUAAUAAAAAAUCAAGUAGUGGUGUACAAUUAUUUUUUAAAAUUCAAUCACCUAAUCAUGACGAUGACGAUCAUGAUAAUGACGAUAAUAAUAAUAAUAAUAAUGAAUCUAUAGAAACUCACAAUGCGUUUUCAUCAUCAUCAUCGUCAAUAUCAACUAAACGAACAAGUUCAAGACGAAAACAUGAUAUUUUAAAUGAAACAACAAAUCAAAAAAAGAAAUUUAAACGUUCAACGAAAGAUCACGAAUCAUCGAAUAUGACAUUGGAUACAUCGAAUUAUGAAUCUUAUAAUUGUAUUAAUUUACUUAAACCGAAUAUUGCAACUGAUACAUCAAUGAAUAAUCUUUGUUCACUUAAUUUAACAACACCCGGUUCUAUAUCUUCUUCAUCAUUAACAAAUAGUCGACCAUUCAACUCGGUGAAAGGCAAUCAUAUUGAACGUAUUGCCGUCUCUCUAUUAUCCGGAACAGAAAAUUUAUCUGAUAUUGGCAGUAAUGGUCUUAAUUUAUCAAAUGGUAUUAAUGAUGUUACUUCAGAUCAUAAUACAUCAAAAACACGUGGACGUCGUAAACCAACAUCAUCAGCUGUAGCUGCCUUAGAAGCUACAACAACAAAUAAUAUAUUAUCAUCAACAGUUCCUACAACAUAUACAAAUGUUGCAACAAUACUUUCACCAUCAUUAGAUGAACAAGAUGAUGAUGGUCUUUCAACUGGUGAUAUAAGUAAUGAUAGUUCAAAUAUAAGUAUAAAUGGUCAUCAACAAAAUGGAACAAAUAUUCCAAAUGUUAAUAAACAAUUAUCAUCAACAAUAUCAACAACACCAACAGCUGAAGGUUUAACAAUAACAGCAAUUAAUCAAACAGGACAAAAACAAGUAUUUAUGGCAAAACAAUUAGGAAAUCUAAAGAAAUAUCAAUGUGGUCUUUGUGAAAAAAUUGUUACUAAUAUACAAAUUCAUGUUCGACGACAUACUAAUGAUAAACCAUAUCCAUGUACUUAUUGUGAAAAACGAUUUACUAAUUCUGGAGAUCUUCAAAUUCAUGUUCGAAUUCAUACUGGCGAAAAACCAUAUGCAUGUCCAUUAUGUUUGAAGAGUUAUCGAACAAUAGGUAAUUUUAACAGUCAUGUAAAAACACAUGAUUCUGGUACACGACCACAUCGUUGUGAAUUAUGUAAUCAAACAUUUCCUAUACCAAAAGAUUGGUAUUCUCAUUUGCGUUCAAGUCAUCGUUCACGUAUACCAAAUAAUAAUCUUUCAACAACGACUACUAAUGCAAGUUCAUCAUUAAAUGCAGCAAAUGCAACAACAACAGUAACACAACCAUUAUUUUCUAAUGCCUUAUCAAGUCAACAACAACAUAAUGAAAUAUUUGUACCAAAUAAAGUUAAAUUAGAACCAAUUAAUCGUUCUCAAUUAAUAAUUAAAUCAUCAAAUAUUGAUGAUCAAGAACCAGUGAAUAUGUCAAAAAAAGAAAGUUCAAAUGAUAUUGAUGAUGAUGAAGAAAAUGAUGAUGAUGAUGUUGAUGAAGAAGAUGAAGUAGAAAAUCAUCAUCAAUCAACACAUAAUUUACUUACGAAUGUAUCAUCACCUGUUCAUGCUUAA